GGGACUUUACAUGUUCUUGUUGAAGCAAAACAUAGCUUCGACCGACUUAGCAUUGCGUCGGUUGACAAUCAAUGGUCGAUGCCGCCUGCCUUGACGCCGAGACUGUGGCGGGGAUUGGCUUGGUUCAGCACGCGGCGGCGCCGAAGGCCAGAGGCUGGGCCUUCAGCGCGCUGGGCUGGGCCCGGGAGCCCUCCGUGGCGGCGGUGAUGCCCUCCUUUGCGGAGCAGGAGCUCUCGAAGGUCUUGGCGGUCGGGGCCAUGACCGUUCUGCUGAUCUUGCUCUUCGUGGUGAUGUUGGGCUGGUCUCCCUCGAAGUCGGCCCAGGAGGCGAAGCGGCUGCCGAGAGUCACCAUCCUGGCGCUGGCCUUUACUGGUGGCCUGGACUUCUUUUGCACCGAUCAGUUUCAGCCGAGCAUGCCAGACAUGGCCACAGACUUUGCGGUGCCGCAAAGCAAGAUGAGCCUGAUGAUCCAAGUUCACCAGGUCUGCUGCGGCCUGGCGACUCUGAUCGCCGCACCGGUGUCUGACCGGGUGGGCCGAAGGCCGGUGCUUUUGCUGCUGCAGAUGCUGCUGAUGGUCAGCACAUUCCUCUGCGCCUGCGCGCCCAACUACGAGUGGUUCGCGGCUGGCAGGGUCCUGCAGGGGAUUUCCGCUGCCUCGUGCUCCGUGAUUCUGGCAAUGACCCGGGAUUGCUACGAGGAUGAGGCGGAGAGGAUGCAGGUCUGCGGCAUGCUCUUCGCCACGAUGCUCAUGGGCCCGCUGGUGGCUCCGCCCAUCGGCGGCUUUGUGGCGGCAAGGUUCGGCUGGCGCUGCUCUUUCUUCCUUCUGGCGGCAGCUGCUGGCGCAGUGCUCGUCUUGAGCUUGCUGGUCGUGCCAGAGACCGCGCCCAAGGCCUCGCAGCAAUCCUACUGGGCGGCGGCCUACCGGACCCUGGCCAACAAGCGUCGGCUGUACCUGCUGGCGUGCAUCGCGCUCUUCAAGAGCACCUUCUGUGUGUUGGAUGGAAGCAAUUCUUUCAUGCUGGAAGACUUCUACGGCCUGUCGCUGAACCGGGCCUCUCUGAUGGUCUCGCUGCUUGCGGUUUCCGGGGCGCUGGGAACGGUGAUCAGCGCCACGCUGGGCUGGAAGUGCGUGGAGGUGAUGCGGACUUUUGCGCCGGCUGUGGCCGUUGCCAUGGUGGUGGACAUAGUUGUCGGUGUUCUGCUGAAGAAGAGCAUCGCUUGGUACAUGUUCAGCAUUUGCUUUCAGCACCUCACGAUUUUCAUCAUGAACUUGGCCGUCAAUGUUGAGUUCCUCCAGGAUUUGGAUGACAUUGCUGGCAUGGCCAGCUGCGUGCAGUCCACCGGGGCCUACGUCAUCGCCUCGCUGCUCUCCCUGCCGGGCCUCGCGGCGGCCUCCGUUGGGGCGGGGCCGAUGCUCCUGACGCUGGCAGCGGUGAUCUUUCUGGCAGAACUUGUGCUGGGCCUUGGAGUUCUGCAGUUGCCCGAAGAGGCACUGGAGGCCAGCCCGGUGCAUGUCGCGGGCAAGGCGAAGAAAUGAGAUGGAAGCUCCAGCCCAGGGUGUCAUGCGGUCGCCGGCCGUCGGUGAGCAGCCAAUUGCCACAACCCUCAAGGCUUGGCAGCCUUCUGGCCUUGUGCCCUUGGGCAUAGCACAGCAAUGGCUCGAGCUGCAGG